CAUCUGAAGUAGAUCCAAGUGUCAACAGCGCCUUUGCCAUUAGGCUGCGUGAUCUACACAGCUUGACUGACCUGUUUGACGACCUGAACACACGGGGCACGGUACUAAUGUCAAAGCUAGCAUAAUUCACUUCUUUGUCUAAACUUGAAUACCCCAUUUGGCACGUAAUCACGUCAUGCCUUAUACGUGUGAAGUACAUAGGAUAUGGACACGAUGCCAUAAUGGUCGCUGCACCUGCCAACAGAGAAUGUCAAGGGAUCAAGAAUAUCAACCUGAAAAUAUCACGCAGACGCUUAUCCGAUUGAGAUUGCAAAGUGUGAUCAGCCAUGCGAUUGGUUUCUGUGCAAUACACCAAGCGUUUUUUCCCGUUGUCUCAUUUAAGUUUAAUAGCUUAUCUAUUGACAGGCAACCACGUCGACUUUGAUGUUCGCCAGUUGGGUGCAUGGUCGGGAACUGAAUAUCAAUAAGGUGUCAAUCUGUAGCUGAGAUGUACUCUGCAUCAUUCGCUACAGCCAACAGACACAAAUGGAUCGUACUGAGACUUUCGUAACAAGACCUGUUUUACGUAUGUCCGUGCUUUGACGCAUUACCACUGCCAGAGGUUACAGGCCUAAUUCCUGUUUUAUCAGAUUUUGACCAGACAAACAGCGUUGGACAGAUGCAUGUAUGAUGUCUGUGACUUGUAACUUCAGUGUGGCAAUUUUCAUGAUGUACACUUCUUCGCACGUUUGGAUGCUGUCUAUGGAUAUUUUGCUGAACGUCAAAGAGUAUGACAAGUGUUCACCACCUGUGGUCUGCCACAAAAACGUUUCAGUCAACAAUAAACAGUUAAAUGUGACAAUUUGGCUGGUUUCUGUUGAUGAGGAAUUUCAUGUGUUGAAAACAGUGAGAUCGGUAUAUGGGGAUGUCAUGAUCAUGGCAUCACUCUCUCCCUGUCAGCGUCAUUUCAGUCCUUCCUCCUACAUCACCGUCUGCCCCUUGGUCUGUUCCACGUUCUUAUCCAGCCAGUCAAUAUAUAUUCAGUCAGUGCUCAACGCCACAAAUACAGAGCAAACCAACUUUAAUGCCCUCGUCAGGCAUGAUUCCAUGGAAGAUGCCAUGACAGGCAUUACCGCAAUACUCUGGCAUGUGAAGUGGAAGACAGUCGUUGUUAUAACUUCAGAGUAUGGAGUUUUGACUGCACUGUCUGGAGGUAGACUAGCUUCCAUCAAGUUACAGCUGUAUGUGAUAGAUGAUCCCAACAAUCCACUUGCAAAUAUUGAUCUAGCCAGUAUCUACCAGCUGCUUCUGGAGGAGGACCUCAACCUUCUUGUGAUGUGUCCACCCGACUGUAUACAGAAACUCCUCUACCAGGGUCGAUUGUUGGAGUCGAACAUGUCAGUGGCGAAGGCAAUUCGAGGCCCUCAAUGGCUGAUCGUUCCUUCUACCGGAAGUGUCAUGGACCUUGCACACAGCGUCGAGCCAUUCCAAACUGAAAAUAUUGUUUUCUUGGAGUUCAUGCCGUGUUCGAGGUCUUAUUCCCCAUUGAACCUUGACGUCAUCACGCAGCAUUCCACAAGCUCAGAACAAACUAAUAUGACAUACCAGGCGGCUGAAAUAACAGAAUCAUUACAGAAGAGUGCAACCGACGGCGAAUACUCCGUUCAAGCUAAACUAAAAGUUCUUGGCAGAGGCCAUUCUGGGACAAAUGUUGAAACUGUUGGCUACAUUGGCAGAGAUGACUCUGUGGAGGUCAAGCAUCCGCUCUAUCAUGCCAACAAUGAUGUAUUUCACAACAGAACAUUAAUUGUCGGGACUCUGGAGUGGCCGCCAUUUGUGAUCAGGAGAGUGGAGAACGGUUCUGUGAAGUUUGACGGUCUUUGCAUUCAGCUGUUGCAGGAACUGGCGAAACAACUCAAUUUCAGCUAUGUCCUGGUUGAGCCAGAGGACAAGGAGUGGAGUCGGAUCCUGAAUGGCAGUUGGACGGGGCUGGUGAAGUUACUAACUGAUGGGGACGUUGAUAUGAUUGUGGCACCGAUGGCUGUGACCGAAAGCAGAAACACAGUUAUUGAUUUCACAGUGCCAUACUUUUACGUCCACUCAGCACUUAUCUUCAAGAAACAAGAUCCCAACACCAACAAAUGGUUGACCCUACUCUCCCUGUUCCGUUACGAGGUUCUUGUUUGUAUCUUCGUAUCCUUCAUCUUCUCCACUGUCAUCCUCUUCGUUAUAGAAGAAGUCACGCCAGUCCAUUCGUGGACGGACGAAAGACCUUCGGAUAUGCGGACCCGAUAUGGAGACAUAUUUUGGUAUCAUUUCGGAGCUCUUAUGGCGAACGGAGGAGCAUACCUUCCAAAAACAGAGUCCGGACGCACAGUGCUCAGCUGUUGGUGGCUGUUCACGGUAAUAAUGGCGGCCACCUACAGUGGUAACCUCAUAGCGUUCCUCACCGACGGACGAGAAAAACCUCCCUUCUCUAGCCUGGCUGAGAUGGUGCAGCAGGACACGUACAAAUGGGGAUUUGUGGGAGGGACAGCACUGGUCACUCUCUUUCAGGAAUCCAACAUCUCCGUCUAUCACAAGGUAUGGCAUGGUGUGGAGGAGAUAAUGGCAAACGAACCUGAUUGGUUGAGUCUGGAUGAAGACGAGCACAUGCGACGAGCGGUCGAAAGCCAGUACGUCUACAUGGCAGAAGAGUCCGCUUUGGAGAUGUGGGACGACCCACGUCGGUGUGAUUUACAGAUGUUACAUGACAACUUCCAAUUCAGCAAAUAUGCAGUUGGUCUGCCAAAACACAGUAUAUACACACAAGUCUUCUCCGAACAAAUACUGAGAAUAUACGAAAGCGGCAUCCUGAGUCUGUGGUGGGAUCGAUGGAAACCCAAACAUCGGUGUCCAUCUCCAAGCAGAAAAGCAAAGAGAGUCGACCUGUUAACCUUGCAGAGCGCCUUUUAUGGUGCAGGGGUGGGUGUGGCCAUAUCACUCCUAAUCCUUGUUUGUGAAAUAAUUCAUAAACGGAGAUGUAACCAAAAACAGCAAAGAAAGUCUGAGUGUGUGGAAGAACACUCCAUGAAAUCUGAUACUUCAUCGCAGGAACUAUCUCAUCCAGACAUACCUUCCAGCACCUGACCCAAGACAGU